CCCAGGCUGGGAAGAAACCAGCCAGAGGCUCCCAGGCUCAUUCGGAGCUUUGUCCACAUUUGUCACCCAGCACACAUCAGGGCUGAUAUUUCUUAUCAUGGCUACCACACUUUGGAAGGCUCUGGGUCUGGGGUCUCUUCUAUCCACACUUCUGCUGGCAUUUGCAGUGGGGAAAGCUGUAAUCUCCCUGAGGGGCCCAGAUCAGAGGACAACCCCUUCCAGUUCAGCGUCGUUCGUCUGUACCGCUGGCCCUUUCAGCUCCAGGAACGUCAGUGUCAACUGGUUGAAGAAUGACGAUGAACAUCCAGCCUCAGCCCCACAGGUGGAGCUGGUCAACAAUGACUCCUACUGUGUCACAAGCAAGGCGUGGGUGACAUUGACCAAGCAAGACAUCCUGUCUCAGAUCACCUGCGAAGUCACCCAUGCGGACAUCAAUGAGCCCUUGAAAAUGAGCGUUAAUCUUUCUCAGGUGCUCCGAGUUACCCCCACACUGAAGAUCACCAAGGAACCCCCUGAGAUCCACGAUCACGUGCAUCAAAGGGUGAACUUGACCUGCCAUGUAAACCACUUCUACCCCAGAAACAUGGACCUCAUCUGGGCUAAAAAUAAGCACAAGAUCCUGACCCUGGAGCUCCCUCCGGCCACUCAAAACCCCGAUGGGACUUAUUCCCUAAAGCACACGUUACAGGAAGGCGCCAUAUUGGAUAAGACUGACUUUAUCUGCUGGGUGGUCCAGGAUGACCAGCCUCCAAUUUCCGACAACAUCACCCUGGAAGCUCCCAGUAAGGGCAGAGGGAGGAAAGACAGCUCUCAUCACCUCGAAGGCCCCCUGUACCGCUCUCCACCUGGGACAAGCAUCCAACUGAAGUACACAUCCUCUGCGUUACCAACGGGUCAGAUUACUGUGACCUGGCUCAAAAACAACCACAGCCUUCUCCAGACCUACACCAACAUCUUCUCCAGUGGAGACACCUACAACGCGACCAGCAGUGUGACUGUCCCACUCAAGAGUAAUGACAUAUUAUCCUCAGUUCUGUGCCGGGUUGAGCAGAACUUGUUAGUGGUUUUUCAGAAGGUUGUCUACUUGGACCAGUACCUCUUUGUUCCUCCUGCAGUGAGAGUGUCCCAGUCUUCAAAUGGCUCCGGUUUGGUGGCUGUUACUUGUCAUGUGCAAAGAUUCUACCCACAGCACAUAUAUCUCACCUGGCUGGAGGACUGCCGUGUGCUCAAGAGAAUGGAGCAGCUGACACCUAGGAGGAAUGAGGAUGGAUCCUACACUCUGGAAAUCCUAAAAUUUGUGAACACACCAGUGCAGAAGUCUGAUCAAGUCCUCACUUGCAAGGUAGAGCAUGAGGCAAAGCCUCCCAUCCAAGCCAGCAUUAUAGUGUCUACAGCACCCUGCAUCACAACCGAAGCCACCAGGAGCCUAAGUUCCGAGAAAUCUAUCCAUAUUUUUGUGGCUUUCCUCCUAUGCCUCAAGAUGCUUCUGUUGCUGAGUUUACUAGCCACCUUCAUGUAUAGGCGGUGGAGCCUGUCACAGGUGAGUUUGAAAAUGAGCCUUAGCCCUUAGCAAGAUUA